UGUCCCUGCCGCUUCCACAGCGCCAUCGCCUGACGCCAACGCUGCCGCAGCUGCCACCGCCUGGGCUCCAAGCCACCUGCUGCCUGCUGCCAGAGAAGCAUCAUGGGCUUCUGGAAGUUCUCUCCUUUACUGGUUCUCAGCGUCCUGGCCCUGUACCAGGUGGGCGUCCUCCAGGCAGCACCAUUCAGGUCAGCUUUGGAGAGUCGUCCAGACCCUGUGCGCAAUGAGGAGGAAUUGCGACUCCUACUGGCUGCAGUGCUGAAGGACUAUGUGCAAAUAAAGGCCCGUGAGCUGCAGCAGGAGCAGGAGACUGAGGGCUCCAGGUGA